AGAAUUCUGAAGAGUUCUCAAACAUUGUGAAAAUGUUUACCACGACAGUCUCCGGGCAUGUGGUGAAGAAAAUGUGGCGUGUUCAGAACCCCUCCCUCUGGCAGGUCUAUCAGUGGCAGAAGGAUCAGAUGAAGAAGAAGAAUUCAGGAAUCAAUGUGAAUGAACGGCAGUUGUUCCAUGGAACAGACGGGGCCAAUAUCGAUGCCAUUUGCAGGGACAACUUUGACUGGCGUGUCUGCGGCACUAAUGGCACCGUGUAUGGACAAGGAAGUUAUUUUGCAAGAGAUGCAUCCUACUCGCACAACUACUCUGUGCCCACACGUGCUGGAACACGAAUCAUGUUUGUGGUCCAUGUGCUGGUCGGUGAUUUUGUUGUAGGAGAUUCCAAGAUGAGACGCCCACCUCAGAAAUACAACAAAACUGAGUGUUAUGACUCCUGCGUGGACAACAUCCAUACUCCGUCCAUCUUUGUGGUGUUUGAGAAGUUCCAGGUCUACCCAGAGUACAUCUUGGAGUAUGAGGAGGAGAAGAAAUCUUCCUGUGUCAUUAGCUGA